AUGUUUCAAAGCCUUUUUAUAAAUGUCUGGGUACCGCUCUGCUGUACCCAAGUUUACUGGGAGAUUUGGGUAGGAAUGGGGUUAAUUGGCUUUGCCAUUUAUAAGAGCAGGAGUGCUGAUUAAAGAAGUAGGUUGAAAGCUCUGAGUCCUGCACCUGCUUGUGGUCAUCAUUAA